CCUUUAUCCCCUUUAGCAUGACACAUGGCAGCUGCUGAAGCGCGCUUAAGUGUCUCUGCUUAUCACUUGCUUGCUUUGCUCCACCGCUCCUUGUGUGUGUGUGCGUGUGUGUGCAGGGGAGGUGUCUCUGUCUCUCUCUUUCUCUCUCUCUCUCUCUCUCUCUGGUUCAGCAAUGGAGACUGCUGUCAUCUCUUCCACUCACGUCACGCUCUCUGCCGGCGCCUCGAGCCGGUCGACGGCGCUCGCUUCCUCUGCUUCCCUCCGCCGCCUCGUUGACGCCAGGAGCUUGAAAUCGAGCUCGAUCUACGGUGAUCCUCUGCGACAUUCGGUGAGGAAGUUGCAGGCAAGAGUGAAAGGAAGGCCGUUGUCCUCUUCGCCGGCGCAAAUCACCAGAUGCGAGCUGGGUGACAGCUUGGAAGAGUUCCUGAACAAGUCAACGGAGGACAAGAACCUGGUGAGGCUGCUGGUGUGCAUGGGUGAAGCGCUGAGGACCAUAGCCUUCAAGGUCAGAACUGCUUCCUGUGGUGGCACCGCCUGUGUUAACACCUUCGGUGAUGAACAGCUCGCCGUCGACUUGCUUGCCGACAAACUGCUCUUCGAGGCAUUAAGGUACUCUCACGUCUGCAAGUAUGCCUGCUCAGAGGAAGAGCCGGAACUCCAAGAUAUGGAGGGCCCUGCAGAAGGAGGCUUUAGUGUUGCUUUUGAUCCCCUUGAUGGCUCCAGCAUCGUUGAUACCAACUUUACAGUCGGAACAAUCUUCGGUGUGUGGCCUGGAGAUAAAUUGACGGGUAUUACAGGAAGAGACCAAGCGGCUGCUGCCAUGGGAAUAUAUGGACCAAGAACAACUUAUGUUCUUGCUCUUAAGGAUAUUCCUGGAACGCAUGAAUUUUUGCUACUUGAUGAAGGAAAAUGGCAACAUGUUAAAGACACCACUCAAAUUGGAGAAGGAAAGAUGUUCUCUCCAGGAAAUCUGAGGGCCACCUUUGACAACCCUGAGUAUCAAAAGCUUAUCAACUACUAUGUGAAUGAAAAGUACACACUAAGAUACACUGGAGGGAUGGUUCCUGAUGUCAACCAGAUCAUUGUAAAGGAAAAAGGUAUCUUCACAAAUGUCACAUCCCCAACUUCAAAGGCGAAGCUAAGGCUGCUGUUUGAGGUUGCUCCAUUGGGCUUUCUAGUUGAGAAAGCAGGGGGUUACAGUAGUGAUGGGAAGCAAUCAGUGCUGGAUAGGGUGAUUGAGAAUCUGGAUGACAGGACCCAAGUGGCGUAUGGAUCGAAGAACGAGAUUAUCCGAUUUGAAGAAACUUUGUAUGGAUCCUCUAGGCUCAAGGUUGGAACACCAGUUGGUGCAGCUGCUUAAUUUUCCCCAUGUUAAGAAGUCUUUCUAGCAUCUCUUCUUUAUUUCAACUUAUUUUUGCCUAGUGGGUUGAAUGUAAAACAAUGGUGCAAUGAAUCUUGUGUUGUACUGGAAGAUCUCAAGUUGAAUACUACAACGAGUUACAGCACUCAGCCAUUCAAA